AUGGAACCCAAUGAAAUGCCUGCUGUCCACCACUGCCCCUCAGACUCUGCCACAGGGGGUGAGACUAGAGCCCCCCAGGGCAUGGAGCUCAUCCCCAGGAGAGCUGUCAGUCGCUCUCCAACCUGCGCCCGCUGCCGCAGUCAUGGUGUCACUGCCCACCUCAAGGGCCACAAGCGCCUCUGCCUCUUUCAGGCUUGCAAGUGCCACAAAUGUGUCCUCAUCUUGGAGCGCCGAAGAGUCAUGGCUGCCCAGGUGGCCCUGCGUAGGCAGGAGGAGGCGCAGCUGAAGCGGCACCUGGCUCAGGGACUGAUGAGGAAAGGGACGGCUCCUCCCAAAGCUCCCAGCAGUGUCAAGAAGGGAGUCACUCAACCAAGGGUCCACCCUGGAAAGGAGAACAUAGCACCCCAGCCUCAGGCUCCUCAUAGGGCAGUCCCACUGGCACUGACACCCCCUGAGAAGAACUCCCAGGGGCCUGUGCUGCUCAGCUGUCUCCCAGAAGCCUUGCCUUUGCCCUGGACUCCAGUGCCUCCAGGCCCUUUGGCCACUGGACACUGGCUGCCUCCAGGCCUUUCCGUACCAACCCCAGUGGUGUGCCGCUUGCUAUGCCAAGAACCUGCUGUCCCUCUGCAUCCUUUCCCUGGCUUUGACCGUGGCACUGCCCUCUGGCUGCCCACUCAUGGGCCCCUCCCAGCCUGCUCAGGAUCUCGCCCAAUACUGAUGGCUCCUCCUUCUGGAGAAUCCCAAGGACCCUCUACCCUGCCCCACACAUGCUCGACUCUGAUACUUCAGCCCUGUGGCACCCCAGACCCCCUUCCGCUGCAGCCACAGGCCCCCAGAGCCUCUCGCCUGGACUGGACCUCUGACCCCUCAGAGUGGCAGCUGCAGUGGGAGGCAGCCGAGGCUCUUAUGGGACUGAAAGAUUCGUUACAGGCUCCCCGCCUGACCCCUUCUGGUCCUUCUAACCGUGGCUGGAUUUCCCUGCUCCACCCCUGUGGCCCACCAGCCCCUGCUGAAGAAAGAGGAUUCCAGCCUGUUGUCCCCUCUCUCUGACCCAGUCCAGCCCCGUCCGUGGCUCUGCAUAUUGGGCAUCUGGGAUCCAUCUCCCUCCUGAGCUAG